AUGUCAGGAACAGGAACCUCUGCCUCCUCCUCCUCCUCCUCAUCAGCUUUGGUAAUUUUCUUGUAUGCUGCUGCUUCUUUCUGCUGCAUAUUCGGGUUUGGCGGUAUUGGCAUAGCAGAAGCUCAAGCUCCUACUUCUCAACCUCAAGCCACCACUGAUCCAUCUGAAGUGAGAGCUUUAAACUCAAUCUUUGCGCAAUGGAAGAUUUCGGCCAAUCAACAGCAAUGGAACACCACCGGCGACCCUUGCAGUGGAGCGGCCAUAGACUCCACCGCCUUCGGCGACGAGGAUUACAACCCCUUCAUCAAAUGCGACUGUUCUUUCGACAGCAACUCCACUUGCCACAUUACCCAACUGAAAGUUUAUUCUUUGGAUGUUGUUGGUGUAAUCCCAGAUGAGCUCUGGACUUUGACUUUUCUCUUCGAUCUGAAUUUGGCUCAGAAUUACUUGACAGGACCUCUCUCUGCAUCCAUUGGAAAUCUGACUAGCAUGCAAUACUUGACCCUUGGAAUUAAUGCAUUAUCAGGCGAGCUACCGAAGGAACUUGGAAAUCUCACUGAUUUGAGAACAUUCGCUUUUGGAGCAAACAACUUUUCUGGUCCUCUGCCAUCUGAGCUAGGGAGUUUAUCAAAACUAAAAGAGAUUUACUUUGAUAGUUCUGGAGUUAGUGGCGAAAUUCCAUCAACAUUUGCUAAUCUGCAAAACUUGGAAAUAGUUUGGGCAUCGGACACUGAGCUGACUGGCAGGAUACCUGACUUCAUAGGAAAUUGGUCAAAGCUUUCUGUCUUGAGGUUUCAAGGAAACUCUUUUGAAGGUCCUAUACCAGUUACAUUUUCCAAGCUGACUUCUCUGACAGAGCUGAGAAUUAGUGAUUUAUCCAAUGUCAAUGGGAGCUCAUCUCUUGGAUUUAUUAAGGAUAUGAAGUCUCUCAGUAUUUUAGUGCUGAGGAAUAACAAUAUUUCGGAUUCAAUUCCUUCCAACAUUGGAGAAUACCAAAGUUUGUCUCAGCUGGAUUUGAGCUUCAACAAUUUAACUGGACAGAUACCAGACUCGCUGUUUAACUUGAGUUUGCUCUCUAUUCUGUUUCUUGGAAACAAUAAGUUGAACGGUACCCUGCCUGAAUCUAAAAGUUCGUCUCUUCUCAACAUAGAUUUAUCUUACAAUAAUCUACUGGGGAGCUUUCCUUCAUGGGUCAACGAACAAAAGUUACAGCUUAACUUAGUCGCCAACAACUUCAGCAUAGAAAGUUCAAACAGCAGGUGAUUCUUUGGAUCUGCGGCUCACUUAGUGUUUUGAACAUUUUUUAUAAUGGAUGUGACAGUUGCAUGUCACUU